AUGCCACAUGACAUUUUUAUUUAUUAGAUUUUUCCUGAAAUUAUAAUUUUCAUUUUGAUUUAGUUGAUCGAUUGAUUUUGAAAAAAAAUCAUGAGUUAUGAAGAACAACAAUCAGAUGAAUUGGAUGCAUUGCAAGCAAUUUAUCCAACUGAAUUUACAUUGUUCAAUGAUAAUGGUAAUCGUUCGACAUUGGAUGAAAAUGAAUUACGAAAAUUUUCAAUAAAAAUAUCCAGUGAAUUUAAUGAAAAUGAUGAAGAUGAUUCUGAAUCGGAUAAAUAUGAACUUGAAUUAUUGUUUCGAUUGCCAAAAAAUUAUCCCGAUAUUGGACCUACGGUAGAGAUAUUAUCAUCAUCAACAAAUAUUGAAGAUUGUGAUGAAUUAGAAAUAAUGGAUAUACUGAACGAUAUGAUUGCCGAAAAUAUCGGUACGGUUAUGAUAUUUACAUUGGUUACACGUACAUCCGAAUGGUUGAAUCAAUUGAAACAAAGAAAAAUUUUUGAAAGAAAAGAAGCCCAACUAAAACGUAAACAAGAAAUCGAAGAAUUGGAAAGAAAAAAAUUCGAAGGAACACGUGUUACAGUUGAAACAUUCAUUGCAUGGAAAUUAAAAUUUGAUGCUGAAAUGGCUGAAUUAGCUGCCAGGAAAAAUAAAGAAAUGAAAAAAGAUGAUCCAAAUAAAUUGACCGGUAAAGAAAUGUUUUUACGUGAUAAAAAUCUUAUCGAUUCGGAUUUAAAUUUUGGCGAUAUUGUUGCCGGUUCAGAUGAUUUCGAUGAUGUUGAUGUUAAAGUGGAUGAAAGUUUAUUUCAAGCGGCAAAAGAUUCUGAUGAUAAUGAUGAUGAUGAUGUUGAUCAAGAAAUGAAUGUUGGCGAUAAUCAAACGAUUCCGGAAUCGAAUGAUGAUGAUAAUUCAGAGAAACAAGAUUCAGAAAAACAAAUGCGUACAUUAUUUAUUGGUAAUCUUCCAGCAAAUUUUCCCAUGAAAAACAUACCAUACAGGUUGAUUCACUUGAAAAUGAUCGUCAUUAUGAUCAUUCAAAAUCAUUAUUUUUAGGAAAUUUAUCAUUUAAAACUGCUUCGUGAAUUUUUCGACGAAUGUGGUGAAAUAAAAUCCGUACGUAUUGUACGUGAUUCCAAAACUGGUAUUGGUAAAGGAUUUGGUUAUGUAAAUUUUGCUGAUAAAGAUUCGGUUGUAUUGGCAUUGGAAAAAAAUGGACAAAUGUUGAAAAAUCGUGAAAUUCGUAUUAAACCAUAUCAAUAUAAUAAUCAAAAUGAUAAUAAUAAAUCAUCCAAUGAUAAAAAGAUUAAAAAAUUGAAGAAAAAACAUCAACCAAAAUCUGAUGAUGGUUUUCAAGGUGAAUUUGGUGUGAAAAAAUCAAAAAAUUUAACCAAAAAAUCCAAUAAAAAAAAUCGUCUGAAUGCAUCGAAAAUUCGUAAACAAAAGAAAACAAUUGCACAGAUUAUGAAUAAAAAAUAAGAAUUUUAUUUGUCGGUUUAAAAAAAAAAAAAUUCAAUAAAAAAUUUUUUUUCGUUUGUUUGAAA